GGGAAGAGCGCCUCGCGCGUCCUCAGGACCUAUUCGCGCUGGCGAUGACAGAGAAUAGCCGCACGAGGCCGGGUGGUGGCGCGGGGAUGAAACUGGGCUUGGGGCGCGAACUUGAAGGCGGGGCCGUUAGAACCUUCUGGAAAAUUCUUGAGUCCCCCACGUUGCACAGGGCGCGGGGUUCAGUCGAAUAUACCUGUCAUGCACGUCAUGCCCCCUCCGGUUUGCGUUGCGCGCCGUGGGAUUCAGCGGUAUGGUUUUCCAGAAUCGCGAGGAGGAGGACUGUGUUGCCCAAAAGGCACCACCUUUCCCGCCCACGCUCGUCAUGCGGAAGACCCAGAAGGCCAGCUUUGAAGAACACCUGGAGGAAAAGUGAAUCCCAUGUCAUCCCCAUAGUACAGAAGAUGCAGAAAUGGUGAAAGGAAUGGGUCAGGUGAAUAUGCUUGUGUGAAGUUGGCUGCUCCGGGAGCCCUGGGCAGUGCUGAGACGUCCUUCCAAACAGGGACCCAAACAGCUGAAGGGCUCCAGUUACCCAAGAGCACUCUGCACUGACUACUGCCUUAGACAUCAGCUAGAAUUUGGGAUUCUUCUGGUUCUGUCCAUAACACACGCAUGCACUCGAUCUCGGAGAAUCGACUUCCAAGAAAUGGCUGCUGCUUUCGGAAGAAACGGGUACCUCAUUGCUCCCAAAUGCUGCCUACCACACUGUAUCAGAAGAACCCAGGAAAGUCACCACUACUAAAGCCGUGUGGAGGUUAUGGAUGAUAAGCCCAGUCCUGGACCACUGAGUGAGACUUCAGAAUUUCUCUUCUCCUUUGGAGUUAUAGCAGAUAUUCAGUAUGCUGACUUAGAAGAUGGCUAUAAUUUCCAAGGAAACAGACGGCGAUACUACAGACACAGUCUGCUCCACUUACAAGGUGCUAUCGAGCACUGGAAUACAGAAGGCAGCCCGCCCCGCUGUGUACUUCAGCUUGGAGACAUCAUUGACGGAUAUAACGCGCAGUAUAAAGCCUCUGAAAAGUCGCUGGAACUUGUUAUGAACACAUUCCAGAUGCUUAAAGUUCCCGUUCAUCAUACAUGGGGGAACCACGAGUUCUAUAACUUCAGCAGAAACUACUUAACAAAUUCUAAACUUAACACAAAGUUUCUGGAAGACCAGAUUGUGCACCAUCCCGAGACCGUGCCUUCAGAGAACUACUAUGCUUAUCAUUUUGUACCGUUCCCUCAAUUCCGGUUCAUUUUACUGGAUGCUUACGACUUGAGCGUCUUGGGCGUGGAUCAGUCCUCUGCAAAAUACCAGCAGUGUCUGAAGAUACUGAAGGGUCACAAUCCAAACUCGGAAUUGAAUAGUCCUCAAGGACUGUCUGAGCCCCAGUUUGUCCAGUUCAAUGGAGGAUUCAGCCAAGAGCAGCUGAACUGGUUGAACGAAGUCCUCACCUUCUCGGACACAAACCAGGAAAAGGUGGUGAUUGUGAGCCAUCUUCCCAUUUACCCAGAGGCCUCUGACAGUGUGUGCCUGGCCUGGAAUUACAGAGACGCGCUGGCCGUCAUUUGGUCCCACAGGUGUGUCGUGUGUUUCUUCGCCGGUCACACUCACGAUGGUGGCUACUCCGAGGAUCCUUUUGGUGUGCACCACGUCAACCUAGAAGGGGUUAUAGAGACGGCGCCGGACAGCCAGGCUUUUGGCACCGUUUAUGUCUACCCUGACAAGAUGAUGUUGAAAGGGAGGGGCAGGGUUCCAGACAGGAUCAUGAAUUAUAAGAGGGAGAACGCCUUCCGGUGUUAGUGUGGCUCACUGCGUUUCAUCUCGUUUGCCUUUGGAGAGAGAGAGAGCACGGCUGAGCUUUGUGUUUUUGUUCAUCUCCCCCACCCCGAACCCUCAGGCUCCUUGCUUAGUAUUCUCUUUGCACGGCAAAACGGAUCUGUGGCCUCGGUGCGUGUCAGCUCACGAGAUAUUCUGACGUGUCGUUUUUGGAUAACAGAUCCGGUGCUGAGAACUGGACACAGAAUGAAUGCAGGCGGCGUGAAUAAACCAGGGCAGAGACUGAGGGGGGUGAGGGGGGUGGUCGAGUCCUCAAGACAGACUUCAUUUAGCCUGAUCUGGAAUUUUUUUUUUUUUUUUUUUUUUUUACCAAGGAGGAUAUAUUCAUGUAUUAACCAUGUAACUUAACGUUCGUAAUAAUAAAAUAAGCUCAGGUAAACUCUUUCUGUGUAUCCUGCUGUGUGAAUGAGCUUUGGACUUUUUUUUCUCAGAAUACCCAACAUAUUUGUACAUUUAUCGGCUUGUAUACCUGUCCUGUAAACAAAGUAAGUUGUCUCACGGGUGAAUGUGUGGUCCCUUCCACGCGAGGCCGUGAGAAAGGCCUCCGGAGAAGUCACACGAUCCCCUCGUGAUUCUGAGUAAAGCGGGAUCAAGGGCCGGCACAGCUGUGCACCUGCUGGUGUGGCCCCUCUGGGCAGCAGCUAGUGCUGUGUGAGACUGCAGGGGGCAAUGAGUUUACUCUCCGCUCCCCGUGUAGACAAAUGGGGCACGUUGACUCGGCUGUCCCACGCACUAAGGUUUCUUUGCGGAAACAUUUACUAGAUGGCGAACGGGACCGUUGAAGCUUGGAGCAAGUUUGAGUCAGGGCCUAAAGAAACAUCAAGCGAGAAGACACUGAUACUAGUCAGCCUGAGUGCACCUGCCGAGCGCCUGGGCUCCGGGGACGAGGGGUGUGUUCGUGUUCUGUGGCUGCUGUGGCAAAUUAUCCCCACGUUGGUGGCUUAGAUUGCGCGUAUCUGAUGUUUCUGGAGGUCGGAAGUCUGAAACCACAUUCCCUGGGCCAAGCUCAAGUUGUUGUCAGGGCCGCGCCUUCUCGGGGGUCUCUGCGGCAGUAUCUGUAUCCCAGCUUCUAGAGCCUCCAUUCUCAGAGCCACCAGUGCAGCCUCUUCAAGCCUCCCUCUGCCUCCCUCUCUCUCAUCGGGACGGCUGGGAUUACGGCGAGGCACCCCCUGGCCGGUCCAGGAUCGUCUCCCCACCUCAAGACCUUUAACUUAAUUGUGUGUGCACAGUCUACUUUGUGAUGCAAGGUACAGUCCCAGGCUCUGGGGGUCGGACCGGGCGAUCUUUGGGGGCCGUUAUUCGGCCCACCAGAGGGGUGACUGUAAUGCGCUCCCUGCAUUCACCGACUUUACCAUCCGUUGUUACAAAUGUGUGAAGAGAGGCCUGGGAAUGCGGAGCGGGGGGUGGUUCGCUUUUGUUUCAUGGGAUUAGGGAGGACUUGAAGAAGGAGGAAAAGGGUCUUGAUGGGAUGUUAGGCAGAAGAGCAUCAGCAGAGGUUAAAGGGCACACUGAGUUGAGUGGCAAGUAAUGCUGUGUAGACUCCCUGAAAGGUGCCUGGGGUUAUGGCAAGAAAUAGCGAAGGCAGAGGACCGGCGAGGGCUGUGUUGUGAAGUCUUGAAUGAUGAGCCCGGAGUUAGAAGUGAGCUUGUCAGGUUUCUGAGCUGGGGAAGUGUGGUUACAGGUGCCUCUCAGUCCUCGCAGGAGGAGAGGCUGAUGGGGAAGAGAAAAGAUGGGCGGGAAGGCAGGGGCUCUGAUAAUAGAAACGUUAAGGUUGCUUAAAUUCAGCGGAGAAACAGAGUUCACAACAGUCUCAGUGCCUUUCCGAAGGCAGCACUCCUACCAGAAGUUUUCUGUGCUCAGAGACCUAAAAGGAGCUGCGUGUAUUCACAGAAUUCACAGUGAUACGGGGGCCGCAGAUACGAUGAAAGUGUAUUUUGAACGUCACUUCUUUUUUAAAAAACUGGAACAUUACUGUCUUUUAAGCACAGAAGCAGGCAUUCCUUGGAUGAUAGAUAGAUCCUAUACAGGAUUUGCAAACAAAUCCAUUUCUUCCUGUGUAACUUUGGUAGUGACAUCAAAAGGUGUAAAAACCAUCAAUCUCAUGCUAACUAAGUGUGCACUGGAGCACUGAAAUCCUUUAUGUGUAUUUUAUUGACCUUGAAAUAAAUUUCACAUCAGUUGCUUACAA